AGCGGUAACGCGUAAUCAAAACAGAAGCGGAACAGCAGCCGGAGCUUGGGCCUUCUGCCAGAGCAGAGACGGACGCGAUGCGUUUAAUUCUGCACUUGUGCUCAGAGAAGCCUUUUCUCCACAUUCUCUAAUGUGAACGGUUAAAACUGUGUCUCAGUGAUUCUUGACAUUUUUUUAAGCUCCAGUUGAUGCUAUAAGCCUUGAUCACUGAUGGCAGAAGGAGGGUUUGACCCCUGCGAGUGCAUCUGCUCGCAUGAGCAUGCCAUGAGGAGGCUCAUCAACCUGCUGAGGCAGUCACAGUCCUACUGCACAGACACAGAGUGCCUUCAGGAAUUGCCAGGACCUGGUUCUCCAGCAGGGGGCGAUCUGACUCUGCCCAUGAUUAUUAUGGGCUGGAUGGUGCUGGCGCUGGUACUCUUCCUGCUUCGCCCUGCCAGCAUGAGAAGACCCAGAACCUCCAACAAACCCACCAGCCCCUUUACUAAUAAUGGCAGAGAACCUCCAGCACCGCCAGUAGACUAGCGACGAGCCAGGACUCCCGACUGUGUACCAUGACCACGACCUUUCACCUUGGACCAGAACUGUCUUCCGUCUGAUUGGCUACGCUUACUUACUCUUACUUACUCAUCUAUUAUGAUAUAUUACUUUCUACUUCUGCUGAUUUUCUAAUCUAGUGGGUAUUAACACGAAGUGAUUAAAGAAACAACACUAAAGCCCAUCUCCCUUAAAAGAACUAAGACAUGUAUAUUCUCCAUGGUGUUGUGUUAAGCAAGCUGUAAAUGUAGCUUAAGACACCGUGACUAAUCCUAGACACGUAUGAUUCACAGUAAGGUUGCCUGUUGUAGAUGGGGGUGUAUUUCAGGGUGGAGGUUAUAGCACAUUCUGCACGAGCCGCGUCAUUUUGGUCGCUUCUUAUGUCAUUCAUGAAGUCAGAACAUGGGCCGUGGCGCUGGUCCCGUGUGAUUCUUGAAGCCAGUUUAUAAGACUUGUGCUCUUUACACACCACUUAGCACACCAGUCAGUUCACAUUUUUCUUAAUUUUAGUUUCCAUGGUAACAAUAAGCUUAACAAGAAUGCUGAGUAUACGGUGUGUGUGUGGUAGGAGUUGGAUUACAAGCAGAGCUGGAGACUGUUUGGGGUCAUUGAGGACUUAUUUAGGACCGGACACAGAAUUUAUCACAUAUACUUAAUGUAAAUCUGACUAUAGGGUCGAUCUUUUUUUUUUUUUUUUUUGCAAUACACAUCUGUCAUGUCAUUUGGUUACAUGUGAUCAAGUUACUGCUGAAUAACCAAUCAUUAUUAUAAUGAUUAAUAAACAGGGAAUGUUUGGUUAUGGCCUUUUUUUAAUAUUGGACAUACUGAUCUAAAAGACUUCUGAGGGUUCAUGGUAUACUUUUAUAGCUUUCUCUUUCCACACAUGAACAGUGAAGGACCUUUGACUGUGUUUAUAAAAGUCUGUAGCAUAAAGACUGUAGCUGAUAUUAGGAUGGUCUAAUAAACAAUCAGAGACUUGCCACUAGGGUCCUGCUCUGUGUUGUCAUGUUUAAUACGGUUACAUAUAAACCUGUUCUACAUGCGUUUGGAGCACAUAAUCUCUCGAUCACUGGUUGGGCAUGGAUAAUAUUUCUGAAAAUGAUUCUGAAUAUUCUGAUGUAGUUUUACAUUUUGAGUUAAGAUUAUAACUUGCUCUUAGAGAAAGAGCUUCAACUAUGCACUUUUGGUUACUGAAAUAAACAGUUAAUAAAUCUAUACAAUAUA